AUGAAUAAGGGCCUCUUACUAGUAGCAGUACUAUCACUGAUAAGUUUUGUGAUACAGCUCCUACCGGUGAUAUCUGUACCAUUGACUGGGAAAGGUAAUAAUUAUGGGAUAUAUUUUGCCAAAUAUAAUAACUUUGUUUUUGGAGUUUUCGGGUUGUGUGAUUAUGUUAACAACAGAUGUUCUCCUCCCAAAAUUGGGUAUCCAUUGUCGACCCUCCUAGAUAGUGAAUUUGGGGCAGUAGAAUUGCCAUCAAAUGCUCGUUAUAGUAUCUCCAAAUUGUUAGUAGUCCAUGUGGUAGCAUUUGCUAUCACAGGAAUGUUGGUACUUGUAGCUUUUACAUUUAUUAUCACAAUCUGGGUUCGAGAGAAACUAUAUGAGAAACAUAUCGAUAAAAAUGAAGAGGAUCUUGAUACUAAUAGAUCCAGAGGGUCGUAUGAUGAUGAGACUUCCAAAACUUCCAAGAUCACGAGAAGUGUCAAUUUGAUUCCCUUUCUCAACUUUCAAUUGGUGUUUGCCAUUUUGUCUUGUUUAUUCACUUUAUUGGGACUUUUGUCAGACAUUUUGCUAUUCAGUCCUUAUUUGAGUUAUCUUGGGUGGAUUCAGAUAAUCCCAAUUAUUUGUUUAGCAGUUCUAGUUACUAUGGUAUGCUUUAUGAGACGUUCAAUUUUCUCAAGAAGACACCUUGACGAGGAGUAUUUCUACCCUAAUGAUGAUAUGAAAGCACACCGUAAUCUCGAGGUUUCAGACCCCAAUGAUUCUGGGAGUGAUGAUGGAUUCUAUGUAUACACCAAUGGUUUCUAUAGUAAUUAUGGAGAUAGGGAACACCAUAAUCAAUCACAACAAAGUAACUCUAAUAGUUGGAGGAGGCAUACCCCUUUCAACGGCACUGAAGAUGAAGUUUCCUUGAAUUCUAGUCAGUUUCAUGGCAUUUUGAACAGAGAAAGAAUUCAAUUAUCAGAUUUGAGUAGAAAUACCAACGUUUCCCAACCUUCAAGACCUCAAUCACAAUCUUGA